CAACUCGACCACGUUGUGUUGGAUCCCUUAGAUUUCAGCUCAGGCAGAGUUGUUGGAUCCCUGUUCAUUUUCACGGCUAGCUCCAUCUCUGUCUUUUACAUAUGUAAUUGACUCUACUUCUGCAAUCAGGUACAGGGCCCAACCUGUCGCUAAUUUUCACUAGGGUUUGUCGUUGCAUGCCAAUUCAGCUCGUCUUGCUUAGGGUUUUCGAUUGAAGUAGUUUCCCUAUAUAUGGAGAAGGAAGAGAACAACUACUCGGCUGCUUUCCUGCCAACUAACUUUAACGGUCUGGAUUACACCUUAGACCACCAUCAUGAUGAAGAUCAGCAGCAGCAGCAGAUGAACUCAUGCCAUGUCGACCAGACUUCUUCGAGUCACGAAAACAACAACAAUGGAAUGAUCAAUUACUUGAUGAAUGAUCAUCACCAUGAUCAGCUUCAACUUCAACAUCAACAACCACAGCAGACGCAACAUCCUCCUCCGGCAGGGUUUAGUGGUGCUUCAACUACUUCUUUUGAUAAGCUGAGCUUCGCCGACGUGAUGCAGUUUGCCGAUUUUGGACCCAAACUAGCCUUAAACCAAACCAAGAUCUCAGAAGAAGAAUCCGGGAUUGACCCGGUUUACUUCCUCAAGUUUCCGGUUUUAAACGACAAGUUGGACGACGAUGACGAUCAGUCUCUGAUGGUUCUGCGGCAGGAUGGACCAGACAGUCAUCAGGAAGAGAGAUUUACAAAGUCCGGGGAAGAAGAGGAAACUCGAGGGGUUUCGGGUAGUACUAAUUCGGUCCAGCUCCGGUUUCUUGGAGAUGAUGUUCCAAACCCUAGAGGAGGACUACCGGAGCUGCCAAAGAACAGGAGGAAAAGACCAAGAAGUACUAAGACGAGUCAGGAAGUUGAGAGCCAGAGGAUGACUCACAUCGCCGUUGAGAGGAACCGAAGGAAGCAAAUGAAUGAGCAUCUUCGAGUGCUCAGGUCCCUCAUGCCCGGUUCAUAUGUACAAAGGGGGGAUCAAGCUUCUAUUAUUGGAGGAGCCAUAGACUUUGUUAGAGAAUUGGAGCAGCUCCUGCAGUGCUUGGAAUCACAGAAGCGGAGAAGGCUCUUAGGUGAAGCGCCUCCUCCGAGACAAGUGGGAGCUGACCCUACUGCGGCGGCUAAUAUGGCGGUGCUACCUUCACAGCCAGAUCAUCAAGGCGGUGGUGGUGUGCCGUUCUUUCCGGCUCCUAAUCUGCCUCUUAAUCCAAAUGAUCCAAUCAAGUUUGUGGACUUUGAAACGGGGCUCCGCGAAGAAACUGCCGAGAUCAAGUCGUGCUUCGCAGAUGUUGAAGUGAAGGUUUUAGGGGGUGAUGCCAUGAUCAAGAUUCUUUCUCAGAGAAGACCGGGCCAGCUCAUUAAGGCCAUUGCUGCCCUUGAAGAUUUGCAGCUUAAAAUUCUUCACACUAACAUCACCACCAUCGAACAAACUGUUCUAUAUUGCUUUAAGGUUGCAAGUGAAUCGAGGUUCACGGCUGAAGAUAUAGCAAGUUCGGUUCAGCAGAUAUUCAGCUUUAUCCAUGCAAACACCGCCAGCAUGUGAUACAUAUAUAUGAUGAUGACUUGAUGAGCUAUAGCUCGAUUCUCUAUUUGUAUUGUAGAAAACAAAUAAAGAAAAAAAAAACAUUCAAAGCUUUUAGCUAUUGUAAGAGGUCUCUGCAGGUAGCGCUAUAGUUAAAUUAACCUGCAGCAGGUAUAAAAACUUCGAAUAUUCUCCUCACUAGCUAGCAAGUUAGCUAGAUAAGAGGACAUAUUUAUUUUGCGUUUGUAAUGAAAUAUGUAUUCCGAUUGAUCUUCCAC